AUGACAGUUCCAACUCAAGGGGGCGAGGCCAUGCUGCCUUCCAAAAUUCCUUUCUGGCGUCUGGUCUUCGACCAAAAGGUCGUCACCGAGGAAGUCAUGCAAUUCCCAUACACAGGCUCAGGUACUAAAGACGAUCCAUAUGCCGUGGUCUGGAUCCCUGCCGACCCACGAAACCCAAUGAACUUCCACCCGAUCAGGAAGUGGUCUAUUACAUUUCUAGUUUCAUUCGUGACUCUCGCGGUGUCAUUAGUCUCAUCUGCAUUUUCAGGCGGAAUGAGGCAGAUCAUGGAGGACUUCGGUGCCGCCCAGGAAAUCGUCAUUCUAGGCGUAUCGCUGUUCGUGCUCGGAUUCGCUAUUGGGCCCUUGAUCUGGGCACCCCUUAGUGAGAUCUUUGGCCGGAGACAUAUCUUUACCAUAUCUUUUAUGUUUCUCACUGCUUUCAAUGCUGGCGCAGCGGGUGCGAAGAAUAUCGAGACACUCAUUGUAUUGCGUUUCCUCGCUGGCUCCUUUGGCUCUUCGCCGUUUGGGAAUGGAGGCGGUACUAUUGCGGACAUGUUCCCAGCGUCUCAGCGUGGUAUCGCUAUUAGUCUUUUCGCUGCUGCGCCCUUCCUAGGACCAACUCUAGGUCCUGUCAUUGGAGGCUUCCUCGCUUCUGCUGCCGGUUGGAGGUGGGUGGAGGGACUCCUUGCUGCGUUCUCUGGUGUGCUCUGGUUAUGUAUCAUCUUCUUGCUACCAGAGACAUAUGCACCUGUCCUCCUACGCCGUCGCGCAGAAAAGAUGUCUGCCUUAACUGGCAAAGUCUAUCGUAGUCAGUUUGACAUCGACCGUGGGCCCGCCCCUAUGGGCAAGACGCUGAAGACUGCGCUUUCCCGCCCAUGGAUCUUGCUCUUCUGUGAACCAAUUGUACUUCUUUUCUCUAUCUAUUUGGCGAUUAUCUACGGAACGCUCUAUAUGCUCUUCGCUGCCUACCCAAUUGUCUUCCAAGAAGUCCGCGGCUGGAGCGAAGGCGUCGGUGGUCUCGCCUUCCUCGGCAUCCUCGUCGGUAUGGUGAUCGCCGUGAUAUACACAUUCCCCGAGAACUUCCGCUAUGCCAAAAAGUGCAGCCAGACUACCGACCGACUCGCCCCCGAGUUAAGACUACCCCCAAGCAUGGUCGGCGGCAUAGCAUUACCAAUCGGGUUAUUCUGGUUCGCCUGGACGAACUCGCCUAAUAUCCACUGGAUGGCCUCAGUCGCAGCAGGAGCGCCCUUCGGUUUUGGCAUGGUUCUGGUCUUCCUUAGCGUGUUCAACUACCUCAUCGACUCAUACACGAUCUUCUCUGCCUCCGUGCUAGCCGCGAAUUCCGCCCUCCGCUCACUAUUCGGUAUGGCCUUCCCACUUUUCACAACCUACAUGUACCAUAACUUGGGCAUUCACUGGGCCUCGUCGAUUCCAGCUUUUUUGGCGCUGGCAUGUGUGCCCUUUCCAUUCAUCUUCUACAAGUACGGCGCGCGUAUCAGACAGCGCUGUAAAUACGCUUCUGAAGCGGACGCCUUCAUGCGUCGCCUUGCUGAAAAGAACAAGGCAGCCCGCCGUGGUGAGCCUGAUUCGGAGAAAGAUAAAACAAACUCGGCGGUCCGGGUAUCUGAUGAUCAGGAUUCCAGUGAUACUGAUUCCUUGUCUACUGUUCCGUCUCGUGGUAUGAUCGCACGUCAUGCGUCCCGUGCGUCUCGGCAAUCCGGUCGCUCUAUGCAUCGCGUUGCUACUGCGACGCAAUAUGAGGAGAACCCUUAUGACUUGGAUCUGGUCAACACUCGACAGUCGGCUAUCAGUCGCAAGGAUUGA